GCGCUCAAGAUGGCCGAAGCUGCCAAAGCCGAGUGCCUUAGCCGAUUCCCCAAUGCCUUGAAGAGAUCUCCUGCUUCCUACUUCAAGCCGAAGAGCGGCCGUCAGCGUGAUGUCGACACCGUUUAUGGCCAGUCGUGUCCAUUUUACCAUGGCUUUGCAGGUCGACUGACGAGGAGCGGCUUCAUCUACAACGACGACGAGUUUCAAAUGCCAUUCGACGUGUCUAGUCAGCAGGUGGUGGACGACGAUAGUGCGUUAGAACAUGCCGCAGAAGAACACGUCCGCGAUUGGCGCCAGCUGCAAGACGCGUUGGAGAUGGUGGCCCGCCUUGAACCCAUUUGCGCUACCGGACAGGAAGCAAUGGCAUGGGCGCGGUGGACUGUGAUCCCCGUGCUUCUUUAUGCCGAUCGUCUGAUCAACGAAACAACGUGGGCUGCGUAUGAGUUCAACGCGUUGUUGGCCCCAAAAAACCCACAUGACAACGGCGACGUUAAACCACGCGUCAAGGAUUGCGUCGGCAUGACGUACACCACAGGAGAGCACUGGGACUACAUCUACAAGGGACACGAUGGGGUGUGUGUAUGUGAGACUUGCGAGGGAGGAGGAGGUGGCAAAGAAGAAGAGUGCAAAGUGCUGUGGACGCCACUGAUGCAAGCAUUCUCCGACUUGGGCGUACAAGACGUGCACUGGGUGUCGCAGUGGACUGACCAUCCUGGAUUUGUUGGCGGACUUGUUCCUGGUGGCGGGUAUCUCUGCGGUGUAUUCGUUGCUUUCGAUGGAUACUAUUGGACCGAUCCUGCCUAAUGCAAACACUUUACACGUGAAUAUGCCUUGGCUGACUGCAGUUUCAAGUAUCGUACCUACUUGAUAUCAGGUUAUACACUAUAUAGCCGCCAAGACAGGGUCAAACGUAAGCUAACGUUAGCAUGAAUAUGAACUUUAGUCACG